AUGAGUUUUAUUUUUUUUUUAUACCCUCCUUCAAGUGCUCGUUGUAUUUCCGGUAUCGAAUGGCAAGAUUCAAAGAAUGGAGAUUCACAAGAUGUCGGAGCCUAUAGUUACACUACAGCUUAUAUAAACGUCACUUAUUUAGAUCCGGUAACGAAUAAAAUUAAAAGUGAAAAAUCGGAAAUAGGAAAAUUCGGCGAUGGAAAAGUGAGCUCAGUUUCCGGUCUUCUCAUUCACGUUUCCUCGUCCGAAGGUGAAUAUACGGGGUGUGCUUCGCCCCUGAGAAGUUCUUCGGGUGAUGGCUCAUUACCACAAGAACCUUGGAUAGCAUUAGUUAAGAGGGGUCAGUGUAAUUUUGAAGUGAAAGUUGAUAAUGCUUUUAAGCACAAUGCAUCUGCCGUUCUAGUUUAUAACGAUAGAGAAUCAGCAACAUUAGAUAAAAUGAAAUUAACGGGUACAAGAAAUAUGAGUGCAGUUUUCACUUACAAAUGGAAAGGCGAACAACUUGCCAAAUUAGUAGAUAAUGGUUCAAGAGUCAUUAUUUAUAUUACGGUAGCUACUCAUUGUACCCGUCCGAUUGUACAUAGCAACAGAACUUCCGUUCUUUUCGUUUCAAUUUCGUUUGUUGUAUUAACACUAACGUCAGUAGCAUGGCUUCUUUUUUACUACGUGCAAAGAUUUCGUUACUUACACGCAAAAGACCGCAUUUCGAAAAGACUAUGCAAUGCUGCAAAAAAAGCACUCACAAAAAUCCCAACAAAAAAAAUUCAACAGGAAGACGAAGAGGUUCAAGGUGAUGGCGAAUGUUGUGCUGUCUGCAUAGAGCCUUACAGAGUAACGGAAGAUCUCAGGAUAUUGCCCUGCAGACAUGAAUUUCAUAAAAUUUGCAUAGAUCCAUGGCUGAUGGAGCACAGAACAUGUCCUAUGUGUAAAAUGAACAUAUUAAAAUAUUCUUUAUCGAAUUCUAAAGAAAACAGAUGUAAUAUUAAUUCGGAUGAAAAUGCAGCUCAAAUGGUACAAACAUUUUACAUUUUAGGUUUUAAGCUGUAA